AUGCGUCACACGCCCCUAUCGCUUCAUCUGCGCAGAGUCCAUCAAUGGAUCAAAGCGCAACAGGAUCUGCCAGAGAUGCCGCCGAAGCAACCGCGAAAGAUAGAUAAGUAGAAGCUUCUAAAACGCGGUCCUCUCCAAACGGCCCCCUUCAGCCUGUCAAGAAGACGAAACACAUCGCCCUUUCGACUGA